CCGCUUCUCCUGUGUGUACAAGAAGGCAGCGAGACUGUGAGGGCUCCCGCAGGGGGAUGCUAAUCACAGGCAGGAGAGAUCGCACCGUGUGUCUGCUGCUUCUCAUUCAGACGUUGGUCCCCCCUUAAAAAAAAUAGAGAGCAGAGAAAGAAAAGCCAUCAAGCUACCAGACCUGUGCAUCUUGCAUUUGAACUCAGCAGAUCUGGAACUCGGUGGAGAAGUUUACCCACCACCCCAGUCUCCUAAGAGUGUUUGCUGAGUGGACCUGCUAUGGAGCGAGUUGCUGCUCUCAAUAGCUGCGUAUCAGUGACAUUCUGCCUUCUCCUCCUAAACGCAGCGUUUCGUCCAAGCUUUGGAAUGUCUGAUGAAGCCAAGAACAACAUCACAAUCUUCACUAGAAUCCUUGAUAGUCUUCUGGACGGAUAUGACAACCGACUGAGACCAGGCUUGGGAGAGCGUAUAACACAAGUCAAGACUGACAUCUACGUAACGAGUUUUGGGCCUGUCUCAGAUACAGAUAUGGAAUACACAAUAGACGUAUUUUUCCGCCAGACCUGGGAGGACGAAAGAUUGAAAUUCAAAGGGCCCAUGACCAUUCUCCGUUUAAAUAAUUUGAUGGCUAGCAGGAUCUGGACCCCAGACACCUUUUUCCACAAUGGAAAAAAAUCAGUGGCGCAUAACAUGACCAUGCCCAAUAAAUUGCUGAGGAUAACUGAAGAUGGAACGCUCUUGUACACAAUGAGAUUGACUGUUCGUGCUGAGUGUCCUAUGCAUUUGGAAGAUUUCCCAAUGGAUGCCCAUGCAUGUCCCCUAAAAUUUGGCAGUUAUGCAUACACAACAUCAGAGGUCGUGUACACAUGGACACACGGAGCAUCCCAGUCAGUUGUUGUUGCUGAAGAUGGUUCUCGAUUGAAUCAGUAUGACUUAAUGGGACAAAGCGUGGGAAAAGUAAUCAUUAAAUCCAGUACAGGUGAAUACGUGGUCAUGACUGCUCACUUUCAUUUGAAGAGAAAAAUUGGUUACUUUGUAAUUCAAACAUACUUACCAUGCAUCAUGACAGUUAUUCUCUCACAAGUGUCAUUCUGGUUAAACAGGGAGUCUGUCCCUGCAAGGACUGUCUUUGGGGUCACAACGGUAUUGACAAUGACAACUCUAAGUAUCAGCGCCAGGAACUCACUCCCCAAAGUUGCAUAUGCAACCGCUAUGGAUUGGUUCAUUGCCGUUUGUUAUGCUUUCGUGUUUUCUGCACUUAUUGAAUUUGCCACAGUGAACUACUUCACAAAGAGGAGUUGGGCUUGGGAUGGAAAAAGUUUAGUUCCUGAAAAGAGAAAGGAAAAGGAACGAGAGGCUCUAUUGAAGAAAAACAAUACCUACACAGCAACAUCAGCGAACUUUGCACCAAACAUUGCAAAGGAUGCAGGUCUGGCAACCAUUGCAAAGAGUGCCGGUGCAGAAUCUAAAGAACCCAAACCAGAACAAAAGCCUCCAGAACCCAAGAAGACAUUCAACAGUGUCAGUAAAAUUGACAGACUGGCCAGAAUAGCAUUUCCAUUAAUGUUUGGCAUUUUCAACUUGGUUUAUUGGGCUACUUAUUUGAAUAGAGAGACAGUUAUCAAAGGUGAUGAUGAACAUAACUAGAAAACAUAAAGAAAGAGCUCCUUAGAUUUCAAACUAAUUUUAUUUGUUGGGAAAUUUCAUGAAAUUUCUUACAGAUUAUAUCUCCCCAUUCAAUCUGUUGCAUACAUUAUUUUUCUUUUGCCCUUUCUGAAACACAAUCCCAAUAUUUUUCUGAUAACAUCAGAAAGAAAACUACCUUGUAUAAAGCAUUAUUACCUUGUCGAUAAGACCAGUCUAGUUCUGUGUCCCAGCUGAUAUUACAGAAUUAUUACAGAUUUGCCAUUCUCAUUGUAUAGGGACUUUCUUCUAAUAGCAUGUCCAUGAACAGAAGAAAUUUGAUUUUAAACUAUUCUCACAGCAGGGUCCAUGUGAAUUGUGAAAUAGUCUUAAAAAUUCCUGGCUCUUGACCAGCAGUAGUGAGAAGCUUUUGUGUUCAGAGUUGGGUAAGGCCCAUGAUUGGCAUUAGCUGCAGACUUUGUGGAUUAUUUUGUUUACUUUCAAGCUGUUUUGCAGGUGUAUUUAGAAGAAAGAAGAAAGAGAUUUCAAAUGUUGAACUUUAUAAUUCAAAGGUUGUAUAUGUUUCAGCUAUAUUUUCUUUCACAUUAUGUGGAAAAUCUAUCCAUUAUAAUACAUGAGCAAAACAUGGUUUUAAAUGCAAUUAGUUAUUAUGCACCAAACAUUGACAUGUUUACUCUAGGAUGGCAAUAGCUACUAAAUAGCCAGUGGGGCUUGUGACUCAAACAGUUAGUUGCUGAAUGAUAAGACCUUAAUAUAAGGAGUGUGGUGUCAACUAGUAUGGAAUUAUUUCUUGCCUGGAUAAGUAAAUUGCACUUUUCCAAUUAAUUUAUGAAACACUCUCCUUCUCCCUUCCAAAAACUGUAAAAUCAGUUAAGUAUUUUCUAGCUUUAAAAACAAGAACAUUUAAAUUUGCAUAAAAACAGAUUAGAAAAUACUAAAUAUCUAAAUAUCUUUUUGUUAAGUGAUAUCUAGAUGUGGUACUAAACAGUUUUACAUAAACAUGUCACUUUAAGUUUGAGAGAUACCAACAAAGUUAGCUCACUCCACUUUUUUGAGCUAAGGAAAGUUGCCAGUGAAAACCACUGAAUUCUGAUUCUAUCAAAAGGACUGUACUGGAAAGGGUUAAAGGGCCAUACAAGCAUUCUUUUGAAAAAUUCAAUUCACAAAAUGAACUUAUUUUGUUGACUGCAGCUUAUUAAAUGUGAUAAUGUU